CAGUCCAGAUGCUGAAGCGCUGCAGUUCCUGCUGUCUCCUGCUGAUGGAAAUAACAGCAUUGCUGAUGUUGCCUGCUUCUUCUGUGCUGUCCUGUGUGUCCAGCACCAUCACCCUGACAGAUCUGACUGCUGCAAUUCCCCACUGAGGCAGGGGUGUUUCCCAAGCCCUUUGCAACCUGUGUCACCAACAGCUGGUUAGGGGAAGAGAACAUAAGCCCACCAAAGCUCUGGUGCUCCUUUCUCUCCUUCUCGCUCUUAGGUGUUAGAUGUGAGGCUUGCUUGGUCCCCAGCUACCAGGCUUUGCCAGUUGCUUCAGUGGUCCCAAACCUGUCCUGGAAAAGACAUUCUUGCCCCAGAGAGGCCAUCAGGCAGUGGGCAAGCUGAGGUGGCAGAGGCCACAACAGCAUGGUGAGAGGAUCUGCAUCUGACUAAGGCCAGGGGCAGAGCAGGUGACAGAAGCCUUUAAUUUUCUUCCAUAUGGCAGGAAUCUCUGGAUUUGUUCCUCCAAGCUGUGCUGUAGUAUUUCAGCAUUCAAAAAGACACAAGUGGGACGUGGGCAUCUCUUAGGAUUACUUUGUUUGCAUCAGUUUUGUUCUAGAUUAAAAACUGUGUCCUGCCAGCUGCCCAUGUGCUGAAUGAGUAGCUGCAGCCAGGGACAGAUUCUAGCUGAAAUGGAGUGUGCUGUGUCUGAGUGCUGGAGCACUGGGUUGUAUCAGCAAGGACCUGCUCUGAAGUCCUUAUGUGUCACUGGGCUGUCAGGGAGCAAACUACAGGGCAAUAAUGUCUGACCUGAGCCAGAGCAACUGCAGGAGAAUACAGGUGUUAAUCCAGGAUUGUAGGGCUUUACAAGGAUGCAAAGGACAGGGGAGAAGUGUCUUGUAGAUUCAACAGGAGUACAACCAAACCCUUUUAGAGCAGCUGGUAGUGUAACUGUAUGCUGAUUUUGUUUAAUUUUCCAUCCCCACAGGCCCUGAGUUCAGCCUGCUGAUAGACUGGUAUGGAGUUCCCUUUCUGUGGCACCAGGCCCUUGCAGUGCUGCAAACCCUUUUCAACGGGCAGUAUUUUGGCAUGGGGAAGGCAGGGAGAUUGCUCUCAGGCCCCUUGUGCAACCUGGAAGAGAUGAAAGUUCAGCCAGAUGGGCUCAGGGAGGUUUGAGACCCGAAACUGAAUAAUUGCUGGUUUGUGCCCAAUGCAUGUGCACCCCUUGCUCCCCCUACCUGCACAGCUCCGUUGCACACCUGUACCACCCUCCCUCACAUUUCUCUCCUGCUGGUCCCCAGCCCUGGUCUCCCCCUGGCCCUCUGCAGGCAUCCCUGCUGAUGCCUCUGCUCCACUCAGGGCAGACAACCCAAGCAGUUUAACCCUGCUCCAGCUUUCAAGUCCUCCUCGUUGGCAGAGCAGCCCUACAGGUCUCUGCUCAUCGGCAGGCUGGAGCAGCAAGAGCAGCCUCCCUCCUGUGAUGCUCACAGUUGUUUUUGCAUGCAUGUGUGGGCUCGCCCUUCUGCCCCUCUUCUCACCAGACACACUGACCUCCCUCUCCCCUCCGUAUCUCCCGGGUGCCUCAGCAGCCAGCUCCCUGCACUCUGCCUGCCUCAAGGCCAAGCUCAGCAGCAGGCUGGGGAGCUGUCUGGGGAACAGACUGUAGUGCUGGAAUCCCAGGAAGGCAGGAGGGUCAGAUGAUGGCACACUGGUAAUGAAUAAUGCCAUACUCAUUGACUUGGAGGCAUCAUGUUAAUGUUGAAUUGAGGCACAUCCUCCUGCUCUUUAUUGCUUUGAGGCCUUCCAGCCUAGGUCUGAUCUACAGCUGUAGCCAGCUUUUAGCCCAGAAAGCAGAGGAUUGUUUUGCUGAGUGGAACGUAGAGGCAGAUGACAGUUCUUGAGGAUGCAGGUCCCACCCUGGGCUCCCUGACCUACCCCAUACCCUGUAUGCUGCUCAGGCAGUCCUGAGUCUGGAGCUGUCACCCUCUGCACUGUGGGAUAGGUGGGAGAUCCAUGUGUUUCACCCAUUUUACCUCAAAGUAGGGGACUAUCCUAUCCCAUCCCAUUUUCAUACACACCUAGCCCCAGAAAUACUUCCAGCCCUGGGCCAUGGCCCACCUCCCACCUCUAUGCUCACUAGGCUGCCUUGUUGCAUUCCCAAAAUACCCCACUGCCCUAUGAUUCCCUGCAGCCUCUCUCCACAUUGCUGUUUCCACCCAGAGCAGUGACCCACCUCUACCUUCUGCUGGAAUUCCCUGGCCCUGGCUCCCUGCCUGCAGCCCCACGCAGGCAGGGGAGCCCCAGCUUGGACUGAGCCGGCUGGGGCUGGUGCAAAUGGGGGUCUGAAUCUGCUGUUCAGUGCCAUAAUUUUUCCAUCCCUCGUCCUUUGCUGGAGAUAAAAGCUGCACAAGGACCGCCACUGGUGCUAAUGCCUCUCGGAACUCGUGGGUGAGGGCGAAGCACCCACACCCCCACCCAGGGGUAUUGGUGAGACACAGCAACGACCACAGCCAUCCCCGCUUCCUUCCUGGAGGUUUAUUUCUGUUUGGGGGAUUUUCCCCCAGCUCCGAGAGUGAGUCCAGGCAGAUAUUUCAGGCCUUUUGGCUGCAAGAGCAGGCGCCGGGAGGUACAUCCGCGGCCCCCUCAGCGGCAGGAGCACUUGCAGGCGGCCACCACGGGGUAGGGGAUGUGCCGCCAGGUGCAGCUGGGGGGCGCGGGGGGCUGCGGGCUCCAGCAGUGCCAGGCCAGCAGCUUGAUGCGGGUGAGCUGUGCGGGCCGGCAGGCCAUGCCGGGGGGCCAGGAGCAGCCGGCGGGGCCGCUCUCGCACGUGGUGUGCCGCACCCAGCGGGGCCAGAACACGGGGCCCAGGUCCACCCAGGCGGAGGUGAGGCGGCAGGCGGCCCGUUCCACCAGCCACUGCUGCAGGCGGCGGGCCAGGGCCCCCGCCAGCUCGGGGGGCAGCGCCGGGGCGGGGGGCAGCAGCGCGGGCAGCUCCAGCCCCUCCACCUCUCGCCACAGCUUGCGACGAUACCGCCCGGCGCCCUCGGCCAGGUCCCUGCUCAUGGACUCCAGGUUCUCCUCGAGGAUGCUCCCGUUGCGACCGCGGGGCUGCUCGGUCGCCAUCCAGAAGGGGUCGAAGGCCGAGCCCAGGAGCCGGCGCAGCCGCCCGGGGCGCAGGUGCCGGGGCCUGGGGGCGUAGCGAUAAUCCUCGGGGGACAGCGACAGGCUGUAGGGCCGCACCGGCGCCGAGGGGUGGCCGCGCAGCAGGUGCGCGGCAGGGUCCGCGGUGCUGGACGGCGGCAGCGGCGGCUCCCGAGGCUCCUCCAGAGGCGGCGGUGAGCCUGGGGUGCCCGGCGGUGGGAGCAGGUAGAGGAGGAGGAGGAGGAGGCAGCUGCGGUGUGCUCCCUCCAUGGCGAGCAGCGCUGUGACAGGCUGUGCCCGGCUGCAGGCUUGCACUCUGCCGCAUCCCCUGGGUUAUCACCACGUCCCGAGGCAUGGCCUUCCCCUUUUCCCUGGUUACAGAGGCUGAUAGGGAGCUGGCGGGGACACCUCGCUCCUUCCCACCAGAGGGGCAGGUGGGGGGGAGAAGCUGCAUGGUCCCUCCUGCCACUGAGCCAGUGGGGAUAAUUUGGGCUGCUGUAGAGGGGAAGGGGCCAGUGCCUCCUUCUCCACAUCCUGCACCGUCAUUGGAAGAGGUACUCACAACUUUCCCAAUGAAGGGAAGCUGGUGGCCUGUGAUCUUUUCUCAGCAAGACUCACCAAGCUGUACUCAGUGCAGCGGGAAGUCCUCAGGGCGCAGGUCCUGUCACCAGGAUGGACAUGGUAGUAGGGCUGCAUGUGUCACUGUCCUCUCCUGGCACAUCAGCCAGCCCCAGGUGUCUCCAGGCAGCUGUGAUGAAGCUGGACCUCUGGAGGUGGCCAUCCUGGAGGUUUUGUCCUCCCUCCCAUACUGUAGUACUGGUGGAAUGGAGACCUGGAUUGGAUGGAAUCCAAAACUGGCUUUCUCCUCCUUCCCCAGGUCAGACAUUGUGGGAGAGGCUCAAUGUGCUCAGUGCUACUAACAAUUAAUUAAUAACAUCUAGUGACAGCAAUUAAUUGCUCAUCCUCCAGAGGGUUUAGGACUCUGUAUUUGAGGGACAGAGUAGGGAGGAGGCUCACAGUUGUGGGAUUUUUAUGUUCCCUGAAGGUGUUGGAAAACACAUCCUGAACACCCAGCAUUGAGAAGUGGCUGCUGAGGUCCAAGGGACCCUUUCCUCCUCUAUCCUCUCUUUUCCACCAGAGAGUGGUGAGCUUUCUCUCUGCCACCCCCUUCUCAGCAGGAGGAGCAGGGAGCAGCUGAGCCUGCAGGAAAGCUGGGCAGAGAGGAGUUAACUCCAAACCCAACCUCAGGGAGAGGGGAAAAAAAACAGCAGAGAACUAUGGAUCAGCAGCAAGAGCAGAGGGAGGGAAAAGGGGGAGUCAGAGAGAGAGGAGAGGAGCUCCAGAAGAAGAGAGAGCAGAGCUGGUGGCGGGCAGGGGGAGGCAGCGGAGCACCAGGCAGGAGUGACUGGGAUAACCGAGCUGCCCAGAUAAACUCCUCCGUGGUCUGCCUCCUCCCGCUGCCGCUGCGUGGGCUGCACUGGACGUCUCUCCCUAAGCGUGUGGCAAAGCUGCAGGCCCUUCCUCAAAAAGGUGGCUCCAGGGUCUCCUCCCCAUCCUCACCUACCUGCCACCAUCCAGCCCUUGAUCACCUCUCAGCAUCAGGAAAAGGUCCCUGCAGUCUGAUAGGAAGAUGCCAGGGGGAUUGAACAUCUCUUCUGACAGCCCAGAGCUACGAGCAGCAGGGAUUAUUGUGCCCAUCAUUUUCUCCCUCAUCUUCCUUGUGGGUACUGUAGGAAAUGGGCUGGUGCUGGCAGUGCUGCUGUGGAAUGGCCAGGUCAAGUACUCCACCACCAACCUCUUCAUCCUCAACCUGGCUGUGGCCGACUUGUGCUUCAUCAUCUGCUGUGUCCCUUUCCAGGCCACCAUUUACACCCUGGAUGGGUGGCUCUUUGGGGCCUUUGCCUGCAAGGCUGUGCAUUUCCUGAUCUACCUCACCAUGUAUGCCAGCAGCUUUACCCUGGCUGCUGUCUCUGUUGACAGGUACUUGGCCAUUCGCUAUCCCCUGAAGUCCCGGGACCUCCGCACAUCCCGAAAUGCAGGAGUGGCCAUUGUGGUGAUCUGGUCACUGUCGAUGCUCUUCGCAGGGCCUUACCUCAGUUACUACCAGAUAAUCCUUUACCAUGGGGUGCCCAUCUGUGUCCCCAUCUGGGAGGACCAGCGCAGAAAGGUUCUGGACAUCCUCACAUUUGUGUUUGGGUACCUGCUGCCUGUGACUGUGGUGAGCCUGGCAUACUCUAGGACCAUCAAGUUCUUGUGGACUUCUGUAGACCCCAUAGAAAGAAUCUCAGAGUCUCGGAAAGCCAAGCGUAAGGUCACCAAGAUGAUUGUCACAGUAGCCAUCCUGUUCUGCCUCUGCUGGCUGCCCCACCACCUGGUCAUUCUCUGCUUCUGGUUUGGCCACUUUCCCUUCAACCGGGCCACUUACGCUUUCCGCCUGGCUUCCCACUGCCUCUCCUACACCAACUCCUGCCUCAACCCCAUUGUCUACGCCCUCAUCUCCAAGCAUUUCCGCAAGCGUUUCAAGCAGGCCUUCACCUGCCUCUUCUUCCAGAACAAGAUCAGGAAAAAGAAGAAGAAGAGAGUUGGAAGGAAAGUCCAUAUGGUCAACGUGGAAGGAGGUUUUGCCAACAGGACAGAAGAUUUCUAUGGAGGCAACACUGAGGUGACCCAAGCCCCAGAAGGGAACACCAGGAAGAGAGACCAUGAAGGUGUCAGUCGUGCCAAAGCAUGGACUCAGCAGGUACAAGAUGCCAUGAUCUCUGUUCAGAAGGAGCUACUGGAGGAGGAAAUUUUGGCAACAGCUGGCCAUUCCCUAGAUGUGACCCCUCUAAGAGAAACUGCUGGACAAGACCAAGAAGAAACCCUAGAAAAGGGCUAGAGAGGCAAGAAAGAAGUCUCUAUUUGCAUCACGUUUUCUGACCACAUCACAGUGGUUUUGCUUUCCUCUAGGAUUCUAGGAUCAUCAUGCCCACGCCUUAUCCCUGCUGAGAUGGUUUUAUGUUAGCAGUAAGAGAUGAGCUCACACAUUCAGACCCAUUAAGUCUGAGUUCAAGUCCCCCAGAACUCCUCAAACACCUCCUCCAUGAUCCUGUAGUCAUGUCUGAGACCUGCCAUCAUCCCAGCUCAAUAUUCACAGUAAACUUUAAGUGACUGCAA